UUUUUCUCUCUCUCAUUGCGCCCUUAUAUAACCCUCCAUUCCUCCCCACCACCUUCACAUCCACACCUUUCUUUCAAACGUACCAAACUCUCUCUCUCUCUCUCUCUCUCUCUCUCUCUCUCUCUCUCUCUCUCUCUCUCUCUCUCUCUCUCUCUCUCUCUCUCAUUUUCUCUCAUUUUCUCUCAUUCUCUCUCACUCUCUAUCAAAGUUAGGUUUCAAUAAGCUCAACUCAUGGCGAUAAAGAAGUCGAACAAAGUGGCAGCGUCUCAAGCAGCAACUAUAAAGAAACUCUUGAAGAGAUGCUCAAGUCUUGGAAAGAAGAAUCAAGGUAACUGCUACUUCAGCGACGUACCGAAAGGUCACUUCCCGGUCUAUGUCGGUCAACAAAGAAGUCGUUACGUGGUCCCAAUCGCAUGGCUAGCUCAUCCAGAGUUUCAGACACUCCUCCAACUAGCUGAGGAAGAGUUUGGAUUUGAGCACGAGAUGGGUCUCACUAUCCCUUGUGAUGAAGCCGUCUUUCAAUCACUCAUCUCCAUGUUCAGAUAGAACUCAAUCUCGAGAGAGACUGAUUUAACUCUCAAUUGGUAAUCUCUCGAGAUUAUGAUCCCCUUAAAGGGUUUGAUCACAUUGUCACACUCUAGACUGGGAAGACAGAAACGUCAAACUCUAUUAUCAAGAAAAUCAAGAAACAAGGAAUAAUAAAUAUAUAAUAUAUAUUAUGGGAUUUAGGUUUUUCUAUUCUCUUAAGAAGACGGAAGCAAAUGGUGGGCAUGGCGAUCAAGCAUCGACUCAAGAUUUGUGACUAUGCCAAUGUAUCUAACAGUAGUUUAAUUAACCACUCUCUUGGAAUUUUUAUCUUUCCUAUAUAUUAUUUUCGGUGUCUUGUCUAUUUCGAAUAUUUUGUAUAUUGGGUGGGCGACUUUUCCCUCAAGUCAACGUGUAUUGUUGACAGUUGGUUCUUGAGAGGAAUAGCUAGUUUACUUGUAUUGAUUUUGAAUCAAUAAAUUUUAUUUUCUUAUU